AUGUCGACACGGGCGGGUGAGCAGCCAAAGUCCACCAGAAGGAAAUACGUGUCGACAGCGUGCACCACAUGUCGUGACGGAAAAAUCAGAUGCGAUGGUGUUCAUCCAAUUUGUGGCAAUUGCAAAAAGAAGAAAAAGCAGUGUGUCUAUGCUCAAGGGGAGGAUAAGAGACGGAUCCCCGUCCGGAAAGCUAUUCAAGUCUUUUCAGCCCGACUGUCGGAGCUUGAGCAAUUCAUUCGCACGCACGGCUUAGAACCCCCACCACUGAAUGCCAACGAUGCUGCGUUGAUCGACCGCUUGAUUGAAACGUUGCAGCAGCCGGGCACAUCGCCAAAGGAGCAAGUAGCGCCCGGAACGCUGGAUCCAGAGCCUACAGUCGAAAGAGAAGAAUUUGCCAACGAACUAAUCCCGCUCCCUACACCAAUGUCGCAAGAUUCACUGCGGAGGCACUCUCAGCCAGGAGAAUUUCAGAACAAUGCAUCCCUUAGGGUUCCCGAGGACUUUAUGCUUGAUGUUGCCCAGAUGGAUAAUAACCGUCCGAUCCCGGCCCCUGCGGCGUCGGUUGGCGACUUGUUCACCAACUUUACGGACAUGGACGACCAGCUGGCUGUGUUACAGGAAAGCAAUAUCGCCUUUCCUGAGUGGACCACCGACUUUACUGGACUCAAUGCAAUGCCGUUAGGCAUGACAUAUGGCUGGAUUGACUUGCAAGUCCCUUAUCCGGAGGUGGACAUGUCUGGAACAGAUCAGUCUCUAGGACCUGCAACCUCCCCCGAGUCUGUGUCAGCCACCGAUUUGGAUGUGCGACUCGCUCCAGACGAUGAGGGUUCUGACGGUGUGAUCAACGAAAUUUCCGAAAGGAUGGGCACUCUGCAAGUUACUGACGACGGCGAGCUUCGGUAUUUCGGUGCUACCUCAAACCUUCCACUCCGUGACGAUACCGCGACAUUCACACAAUCUGCGGAAUCAACUAUUGCUCGAAACCGCGGUCAAAGGCUGCUGGAGGCUGCAGGGCUCAGCCAGCACGUCGAUGAGGCCCUGGAGGACCAUUUGACCAAUUUAUACUUCACCUGGCAGGACCCCACGUUCCAUGUCGUGGACCGGGAUUUGUACAAACAAGUAAGGAGAUCGCACCGCUCCCGUCCUGGUCGUAGCUCCUACUUGUCAGAGACGUUGAUCAACGCGAUGUGUGCUUUUGGAGCGAUCUACGACACAGGCCGGCAUGAGAACUUCCCUCUCCCCUUAACCAAAUUCUUUGCGAAACGGGCCAAGAUCUGGUUAGACAUCGAACUGGACAGCCCCAGAGUAGCAACCGUGCAAGCAUUGGUGAUCCUGAGUUCCUUUGAGGCAGCAACGACAAACGACGCACGUGGAUGGCUCUACAGUGGAAUGUCCGUCCGUUUGUCGUUCGAUCUCGGCCUCCACCUCGACAUGACGCCUUAUGUGGCCAAGGGUCUAAUGAGCCCGACUGAAGCUGAGGCUCGGAAAAUGGCAUUCUGGGGAAGCUUUGUGGUUGAUCAUCUCUGGGGCUUCUAUCUGGGAAGACCACCUUGCCGCAUCAGCAACCAUAACCCUUCGGUCCAUGAGCCCGCUGAUCAUAUACCUGGCCUGCAGCGAUGGGCACCCUACGGCGUGCUCGAGAUUCUGCCGGAGGCAACGUCAGCAGCGACAAAUUCGCCAGAUCCCACUGGUCUGCUUCCUCGACAAUGGGUGUUGCUCUGUGAGGCCAUGGAUGACGUUAGCCAUGUUCUAUAUGAACGGGCGGAUGUCUCAGACAAAGUGUUGCAGACACUUGCGGAUGAGACCGUCGCGAAACUGGAUCAAUGGCGACGAAACCUGCCCGUUGUGUUGCAGGUCAGUCUUGAUAAGUACGAGAACAACACGAAGUACCUGCCUCAUGUGCUGGUCUUGCACAUGCAAUACUACCAAUUCAUGAUCUAUAUUCAUCGGCCCUUCAUGUCGAAGACAGCCUCAGAUGCAAUCAACUCUAAUAUUCGGCACAUGCAUGCCCGCUCAGUAUGCAUCGAAUCAGCUGUUGCUAUAUCCACUCUCCUCCGUCUGUACAAGUCGAGCUAUCCGCUGCGCUUCGUCAACGUCGAGGUGGUGAGCAUCGUCUUUUCGGCGGCCAUCAUCCUUGUAUUGGCCUCGGUUCUCGACUUGGAGGGGACCGACAAGUUGAACCUACAGCGGCACCUCGACACCUGCUGCAAAGCAUUGGCAGAACUUGGGAAGGCCUUCAAGAAUGCAUCCAGGACUUUGGAUAUUCUCUUGGAUAUCAAGCGCAAGUGGCAGGCGAAGCUUGUCGCCUCGGAAAAGCCCAAGCGCAGGGCUAUCGAGGGACAAGAAUCGGUGAGACCGGGCACCAAGAGACGGAAGUCACAGUUCCAGCCUCUCCAGGGCUAG